AUGACUUCCACGGACAUUGCUACCCAGGAGCUGGAGAACCCCAUGGACCUCAGCGAGUACCUGUUUCGUCGUUUGUACGAGGUCGGCAUUCGAGCUGUACAUGGCGUUCCGGGCGAUUACAAUCUUGCCGCGCUCGACUACCUGCCAAAGUGUGGUCUAGACUGGGUUGGAAACUGCAACGAGCUCAAUGCUGGCUACGCCGCCGAUGGAUACGCUCGUGUGAAGGGAAUCAGCGCUCUGAUCACCACCUUCGGAGUGGGAGAGCUCUCGGCCAUGAAUGCCCUUGCCGGCGCAUACUCGGAAUAUGUUCCUAUCGUCCACAUCGUGGGUCAGCCCAACACUCGAUCACAGAAAGAUGGCAUGUUGCUGCACCACACGCUCGGUAAUGGCGAUUUCAAUGUCUUCAAUAAGAUGAAUGCGGAAAUCUCCUGCUACGUUGCCCACCUGAAGGACCCUCGUGAUGCAGCCACGCUUAUCGACAGCGCCAUUCGUGAGUGCUGGAUCCGCAGUCGGCCAGUCUACAUCACUCUUCCCACAGACAUGAUCAAGGCCAAGGUGAACGGCGAUCGUCUGAAGCAGCCAAUCGACUUGUCCAUCCCCAAGAACGACCCAGAGAAGGAGGAUUACGUUGUGGAUGUGGUCCUGAAAUACUUGCAGGCAGCGAAGAACCCUGUCAUUCUGGUCGACGCCUGUACUAUUCGCCACCGGGCCAUGGAAGAAGUGCAAAAGCUUGUCGAGGCAUCUGGCCUUCCCACUUUUGUUGCCCCCAUGGGCAAGGGCGCUGUGAAUGAAACAUACCCCAACUUUGGAGGUGUCUAUGCUGGAGACGGAUCCAACCCGGGUGUGAGAGAGGUAGUCGAGUCCUCCGAUUUGAUCCUGAGCAUUGGCGCCAUUAAAUCUGAUUUCAACACCGCCGGAUUCACCUAUCGAAUUGGCCAGCUGAACACCAUCGACUUCCACAGCAACUACGUGCGCGUGCGAUACUCCGAGUAUCCCGAUGUCAACAUGAAGGGAGUCCUUCGCAAGGUGGUAGAGCGCAUGGGCAAGCUCAACGUCACUUCCAGCCCCCCCAUCAACAACAAACUCCCGGCCAGUGAGCAGAAUUCAUCGAGUCAGACCAUUACCCACGCCUGGCUGUGGCCUACGGUCGGUCAGUGGCUCAAGGAGCGGGAUAUUGUCAUCACCGAAACUGGCACUGCCAACUUUGGUAUCUGGGAUACCCGAUUCCCCGCACAUGUGACUGCCAUCAGCCAGGUGCUCUGGGGAAGCAUUGGUUACUCCAUGGGCGCGUGCCAAGGUGCUGCUCUCGCGGCCAAAGAGCAAAAGAACCGUCGGACCAUUCUGUUCAUUGGAGAUGGAAGUGCCCAACUUACCAUUCAAGAGCUCAGCACGAUGCUUCGCAACAAGCUCAAUCCCAUUGUGUUCGUCAUCUGCAAUGAGGGCUACACUAUCGAGCGAUACAUCCACGGCUGGGAUGCUACCUACAAUGACAUUCAGACCUGGGACUAUGCCGCUAUUCCCAAGGUGUUCGGCGCGGACGCAGGCUAUCAGGCCCGUCGCAUCAAGACUCGUGACGAGUUGAACGCACUCUUCGCUGAUCAGGAAUUCAACAACCCAACAAGUUUGCAGCUUGUGGAACUGUACAUGCCUCGUGAUGAUGCGCCCGCCGCACUGAAACUGACUGCUGACGCCGCAGCUGCGCGCAACAAAUAA